AUGCUUGAGAUUGCCUUCCAAGUACCAUGGCUGUAUGGGACAAUCGGUCUUUUUGUCCUGGUUGCGGGGCUUCUCUUUGUGGGCAUGAAGUUCAUUGGACGCUGGAUCUCUGAUCAACAACUAGCUCGUGUACAUCCGCCAAAUGCAAGAAAGCUGUCCAACGAAGAUUUCGAGGCGCUGUGUUGCCGAACUGGCCUUUCAAGAUCUGAGAUCUCCAGAUUGUACAUGAGCUUCAUGAAGAUCACAGAUGGCAACUCACAUGAAGAGGCCGAAAAAAUCAUCCAGGAAGUGCCCUACUUCCAGGGGCCGCUACAAGACCGGAUGCUGUCGGCCCUGAAAUUGCCAGAGCAGAUCGACUUUGUCAUCUUGGCUUCUGCCCUAAGUGUAUUCAGCGAACGAGCUGCACUGGAUGAUAAGAUGAGAUUCCUCUUCCGUUUGUAUAGUUCGGACGUGACUGGCACAGUCUCCAAGCAGGAUUUGACCAAUCUGAUGGACGACGUGCUGCCAGAGUUUCCAGAUGAUGAUGAGAGAAAUAGGCUGAUUGAUCGUGCUGUUCAAGGUACCUUUGAGGAGUCACCUAGCAGCAUACAGUUCCAAUAUGUUCCAAUACUUGAACCACCUAUGAACGACCUCAAUUGA